UCAUCCUCGUCCCUGCAACACCACUUCCUCUCUCUUCCUCUUUCCUCUCUCCCUCUCCCCUCUGCGCUCGCUUCUCCUCUAACCAUUUCCAUUUUCGCGCACGCGCGCCCGCCCCAUGUUGAGGCCUUCCUCGAUCCGCCGCCGCUGAAGACCGGAUUGACUCCGUCCAGCCCCGUAGGCACCCAUUCGUCGACACCACAGUCAGUUCUUUCCGGUCACGUUGAUUUGCUCCUUCCCGGCGGCGUCUCUGCUUCUUCUCGGAUACCCACUUCAGGCGUGGGUGGGUAGGUGAGGUUGGUGACCGAGCUUUUUUGGUUCUAGAGAUUUAGGGACUGAAACAUGGCUACUCUGUCUCAACUGCGUUACAGACUGCGUCACAACCCACUUGCCGGGCACCACAGCUUCGGCGGUAAUCGCGACCGGAUCAACAGUAACCCGUCUGUGGUUGCUUUCCCACCUUCCUCAUCCUCUCUCAAUCUUCAAAACCAGUCUUUUCUCCUGCCAGAGAUAAAGACUUUCCCAGCCAAAUUGCAUGCGAAGUUUGAUUUUUCGUGUGGUGCGGGAGGUGGCAACGGUGGGGUUGGCCAUGGAAGCGGUGGCGGCGGUGACAACAGUGGCGGGUGGAGUGGGGAUGGCAGUUCUGAUGAGUCCUCGUCGCCAUUCGCGGGUCUGGGGAUUUUGGGCCUUUUCCUCAAUGGGUGGAGGUCCAGAGUUGCUGCAGAUCCCCAAUUUCCAUUCAAGGUCUUGAUGGAGGAAUUAGUGGGGGUCAGUGCGUGUGUUCUUGGAGAUAUGGCUUCUCGCCCCAAUUUUGGGCUAAAUGAGCUCGACUUUGUGUUCUCGACUCUUGUUGUUGGGUGCAUACUGAAUUUCACUCUUAUGUACCUUUUAGCGCCCACUGCAUCUGCAGCAUCGUCCAGUCUCCCUGCUCUUUUUGCUAGUUGCCCGAAGAGUCACAUGUUUGAACCCGGUGCUUAUGGCAUAGUUGAAAGAUUUGGGACUUUUGUGUACAAAGGGACGGUUUUUGCUGCAGUUGGUUUUGCUGCUGGCCUUGUAGGGACCGCUAUCUCGAAUGGCUUGAUGAAGAUGAGGAAGAAGAUGGAUCCUACUUUUGAGACACCAAAUAAGCCUCCCCCGACCAUCCUGAAUGCAGCUACUUGGGCAAUUCACAUGGGUUUGAGCAGCAAUUUAAGAUACCAAACUCUGAAUGGUAUCGAGUUCUUGCUGGAGAAGUGGCUUCCCUCGCUGGGCUUCAAGACAUCUGUGGUGGCUCUGAGGUGCGCGAACAAUGUGCUUGGCGGGAUGACGUUUGUUAUAUUAGCAAGGUUGACAGGAUCACAGAGUGUUCAGGAAGCGAAGCCUGGCAAAGUCGAAGACAGGUUGGUUUCGGAGAAGGAGAAGUUGGUUGAUGGGGAAGCUGAGGGUGUCCAGGGCAAUGAGAACAGUUACAAGUGAUGUAUGUUUAAUUAUAUCCGUGUUGCUCUUUCAAAGUUCUCUAUAAUCGUAGGCCUUUUCUGUUCAUAGCUUUGAUCAAAGGCUGCAAUAAAGUUUGAAGAGGUGGGUGUUACUGGGUGGUCUUGAUUAUGGCUUGGACCUGAUGUGCCAUGUACUUGUUCCUACAAAUUCAUUUUUUUGGCUUUGAUGGAGAAAUCUUAAAACAAAAAAAAACCAAAUAAUUUGGGCUGUGAA